AUGGAUGUGUGUAAUGAUGGUGUGACGGCCACCAGAGCGGCCGUGGCUGGUGCAGUGGGGCAGGAGGAGGAAGAGGCGGAGGAAGAGGAGGAGAGGGAGGAAGGAGAGGAGGAGGAGGAGGAGGAGGAGGAGGAGGAGGAGGAAGAGGAGGAGGAAGAGGGUGAUGACGGAAGUGGUGGUUCAGAAGAAUUGUCAGAGUUAGUUGGCGGCGGAGAGGACGAGGAGGAGGCGGGCGGAGGGACGGAGGUUGGUGCGGUAUGGGAGGUGCAGUUAGUCCGAAGGUGUUGA